GCAUCAGUUCAGUACUCGCUUCUGUUCGGCUAAUAACAAAAAUGAAAUUCCUAUCGGUUGCCUUUCUGCUUGGCCUUUUGGCUCUGGCUAGCGCCACACCCCUAAAUCCUGGCAAUGUCAUCAUCAAUGGAGACUGUCGUGUGUGCAAUGUUCAUGGUGGAAAAUAAGAUGCAUAACUCUCAAAUGGAUGAACAAUUUCGGAAUAUUUGAUGGAAAUAACAUAGGCUUGUUGUGUCUUAUCAAUAAUUACCUAUACUUUGAAAAUAAAAUUCCCACACUAAUCUCUACGGUAUA